AUGUCUUCCCCAGCCCUCGUGCCGAUGAAAUACGAGCUGUUCCCGCUCGGUUCCAUCAAGGCAGAGGGAUGGAUGCGCAACGACCUACGUCAAUGCGGCGAAGGGCUCGGCGGCCACCUCUUCUACUUCUACCGCUUCGUCAAGGACAGCACGUGGCUGGGCGGGACGUGGGAGUACAGCGCGUUGAACGAGGCGGCGCCGUACUGGUACAACUACAUCGUGCCGCUCGCCUUCAGCCUCGACGAGCUGGCGGAUGCCCGUCUCGCCAAGAGGCUGCGAGAUCAAGCCGAGCACUUUCUUCAGUAUACCCUCAGCCAUCAAAGCUCUGAUGGAUGGUUGGGCCCGGAGACGACGCGGCAGACGCGCGGGAUUUGGGCUCGUUGCUUGUUGCUGCAGGGUCUGAUGAACCAUGCUCUGGCGGAUCCUGAGAAGCGGGCUACAAUCAUGGAUGCAAUGCUCAAGUUUGUCAAGCUGGUGGAGGAAAUGCUUCAGAGAGACUACGAGGGCUACCUGCCAAAGGACGGUGACGAAUUCGACAAGCAAUGGUUCGGAGUUGCACGCGCACACGAGCUGUCGACAACUCUUCAGUGGCUUUACGAUGAGCCUGAGGCUACAGAGUACCGGAGCUUGAUCUGGCAUGUAAUGGAAAUGCUCUGGGAGGGAUCUCGCCUUGCAAAAAGAGACUGGACUGAGUUCUUCACCGAAGCAAACUUCCCGCAAACACCAUCCGUGCGGCACGAGUCAUCAAACUUCCAGCACGGAGUCAACGUAGCGCAAGGUCUUCGAUAUCCCGCACAACUUUACCGCAUGCACCCCUCACCUCAGCUGCUUGAUCUUUCCAAGCAAGCCGUAGAGCGCGUCUUCAAAUUCCACGGAACGCCGGCAGGAUCUCUCAGCAGCGACGAAUACAUUGGCGGUCUGUCGCCGGAGCGCGGAGCCGAGCUCUGCUGCACUGUCGAGUUGAUGUUCUCGCUGUCCUACCUCCAUCGGCUUUACGGCGACAAUGAUUUUGCGGACCGUGUGGAGAUGGCUGCGUUCAACUUCCGGGCUGGAAUAGGGUAUGAUUGGUGGAGCCACCAGUACAUCACGCAAACAAACCAGCCUUGGGCUCGAGAGUUGGAGCUCAAAGAGGGUGAAAAGACGCCCUGGUUCGACGUGUGCCGGUACGCUAACGUCUUUGGCCUCGAGCCUGAGUUUCCAUGCUGUACUGUCAACCAUCCAACCGCCUAUCCGAAGAUGCUCAUGAAUGCGUUCCUGCGAUUUCCUUCCGAGCGGCAGGGGGGAACAAUUGAGGCGAUCCUGCAUAAUCACCUGUUCCCAUCCAUACUCCAAACUGACGGCAUCACCAUUUCCUGCAUGGGAAGUUAUCCCUUCGCAGGUGCCGUUUUGUAUUGGAUCUGUACAUCCAAGCCGUUCGAUCUUUUCAUCAGAAUCCCAGGUUGGGCCACGGGCACCUCCACCAUCGAGCAUGCUGACGCUCAAGAUUGGCCUUCGCGGCAUCGCGAGCCGUUCGUGCAAAAUGUCAACGACAGCGACACGCCGACAGGUCUGCACAAAAUUCGAAUCCCCACCACGCCUAAUUACAGAAUUGCCUUAACCCUUCAGGCACAGAUCCGGGUUGAGCAGCACGCAGACAAGUCUGUCAGCAUUUUCUACGGCCCUCUGCUCUAUGCGUUUUCCAUCGAGGGCCUACAGGAGGAGAUGGAGCCUCGCAACUAUAAAGACCAAGCUUCCCCCUGCCCCGAAAUGCUUGAUACAGGUAGAGAGAUCUGGGGCCAGCGGGCUUACGAUGAAUUUCUGCUCCCGUUGGGGAAUUGGGGCAUCGCCAUCGAUCCCAACCAGGAAAUCAAAGCCAUCUUCAAUCAGCCGUGGACGGACGAUAGCACGAAGAAGGAUUUCCACGAGCUUCCGAACCCCAUCUGGAAGCCGGGCGCGCCGCCUGUAUCGAUCGAGGUCACGGCGGUGGGGGUUGACUGGCCGGUGCGGAACGGCACGGCAGCCCCGCCAAGUGCCGUGGAUACGAGCGAGAGUGCUUUGCAAAGCAAGCCUUUCCGCAUCAAGCUCCAGCCGUUUGGGGCUGCGAGACUGCAUAUCGCGCAGUUUCCAACAGCCAAUCUACCGGAACCGGUACAGAUGGUAGGGCCUACCCCAUCUCCAGUCAGCAAUACCGGCUAA